AUGAGAUUAAUUACCAUCCUUUUCUUCUGCUCCAGGCUGCUAUCAAGUUUAAGUCAGGAGUCCUUCUCACAGGAAAUUGACUGCAAUGAUGACGAUGUACUGAUGGCUGUGGAUGCUGCUCUGAAGAAAUAUAAUGACGGAAACCAAAGUGGCAACCAGUUUGUAUUGUAUCGUAUAAGUAAUGCCACCAAGAUGGAUGACUUCGAUACAUUUUAUUCCUUCAAGUACCAAAUCAAGGAGGGUGAUUGUCCUGUUCAAAGUGGCAAACCCUGGCAGGAAUGUGGCUACAAACAAUCUGCAGAUGCUGCCACAGGAGAAUGCACAGUCACCGUGGCAAAAAAAAAUAGGACAUUCACCGUAGCUACCCAGACCUGCCAGAUCACUCCAGCGGAGGGACCUGCACUGAUUUCCCAGCACACCUGCCGUGGUUGCAGGUAUCCCAUAUCAACAGAGGACACCAACGUGAAAGAAAUCCUGAAACAUGCUGUUUCACAUUUUAACAACAACAGUGCUCGUUCCCAUCUCUUUGUUCUUGGAAAAACAAAUCGCGCUUAUAAAGAGGUGGUAGAUGGAUGGAACUUUGAUGUUUCCUACUCAAUUAUGCAAACAAAUUGUUCCAAGGCAGACUUUCCAUUAUUAACUCCAGACUGCCAGAUCCUUUCCAAUGGAGUGAUCGCUACAUGCACAGAUAGAGCAUACAUUGACCUUUCGCAAAGAAUUGCUUCCUUCUCACAGCAAUGUUACUUCUUACCAGAGUACGAUUUUGAUGCAGGCCGUUGUAUAGGCUGUCCCAAAGAUCUACCUCUCAACAGCUCAGAUCUGAAUGAGAUUCUGAAUCAUACGUCCACAAAGCUUAAUGCAGACUAUGGUAGAACAUUCUAUUUCAAGAUUGACAAUGUGAAAAAAGCCACAGUCCAGGUGGUGUCUGGACUGUCGUAUAGAAUAAAAUUCACUGCCAAGGAAACCAUUUGUCCCAAGGAAAGUAACACAAAGUUUACCAGUAGUUGUGAAACCAAAGAACCUGGGCAAGUUCUAAUCUGUGAUGCUAACAUUUAUAUAGUACCUUGGAUGAACAAAACUGAAUCUACUGUCAACUGUGACCUCAAAACAGUGGUAUGA